AUGUCUAGGCCCCGCCCCAUUCUCCGACCACGCCCCGCCCCGACUACACCCCUCCAGUGGACUGCGCGGCAGGAUGCGUGCUGGGCUCGCCGUGCGCAGUGGGAGGUGGCGCCCGGCUGGCCGCGCGCAUCAUGGGGAACAAGCAGACCAUCUUCACUGAUGAGCAGCUGGACAACUACCAGAUCCAUCCCCCAAACCCCCUCAAGCUCCAGAGCACUGCUGGCUGCCUCCCCCAGACCCCAGGCUGCUCCUCCAGCUGAUCAGUGAAGACUGCACGUUCUUCAAUAAGAAUGACAUCCUCAAGUGGGUUUCUGGGUGAGCUGCACCCCGAGCACCAACCAGAUGGCGAGGAGAGGCUCCACGCACGGUUCUACGAGCUGGCCCCCAACCUCGUCCCCAUGGACUACAGGAAGAGCCCCAUCGUCCACGUGCCCAUGAACCUCAUCAUCCAGAUGCCGGAGCUCCGGGAGAAUCCCUUCAAGGAAAGGAUAGUGGAGUCCUUCUCCGAGGAUGGCGAGGGGAACCUCACCUUCGAUGACUUUGUGGACAUGUUCUCCGUGCUCUGCGAGUCGGCUCCCCGAGACCUCAAGGCCAACUACGCCUUCAAGAUCUACGACUUUAACACCGACAACUUCAUUUGCAAAGAGGACCUGGAAAUGACGCUGGCCCGGCUCACCAAGUCGGAGCUGGAGGAGGACGAGGUGGUGCUGGUGUGUGACAAGGUCAUUGAGGAGGCCGACCUGGACGGCGACGGCAAGCUGGGCUUCUCUGACUUCGAGGACAUGAUCGCCAAGGCCCCCGACUUCCUCAGCACCUUCCACGUACGGAUCUGAGGCCCGGGUGGAGGCUGCGGGCCCCCAAGCCCACCAUCCUCCUCUGCUGUCUACACGGUUGUGACCUCCAAGCUCCCAGCACGGGAGCUGCAGCCUCCAGGGUUUACACCCACGGACAAUAUCUUGGCCCUUUGAGCAAAAAAAAA